CACGUCAAAGACGAGAUCGUUGCAGAUCUCUUAAUAUUUAUUCUCUGUCGCCAUUGCCGUUGGAUACCUCAAACAACGAAGCAGUCAGUCCACAAAUUUGGUCGCUCGAGAAGUCCAGCUAAACCACAGCCUUGCAGAACUCCUCAAUUUACUUAAGGUCAUUCAAGAUGUCAGACACGUCAGACCUGGACAUAACCAGCGACGAGGAAGGGCAGGACCCGCAGAGAGACGUGGUCAGCGUGACAAAGAUACUGCGCAAGAUCAUCCACAACGUGGACAGAAUCAAGAAGGUCUACGACGGACAGCUCUCGAUCACCGUCCGCAACGCCCGUCCCGUUGGCAACCUGCAACCGUUCGACGUGGACGGCUUCGAGGACGUGGCCCGCCAGCUGCUCGAGCGUAUCGAGAACCGAUUCAACAUCUACUCGAACUGGAACGGCAGGAUGAACCUGCCGGAGCUGACGAUCGACGGCGCACGCGUCGAACUGCACGACAUGACGGUGGCGCAGCUGAAGCGCUUCAUAACGGUGCUGUUGCGUCUGACGAACGGCAGACGAUCGCCGGGAUUCGGUAAGUUGCAGCUGCGCCCGAUCUGGUGGCCGGCCGAGUUGCCGUGGAGGCCGCUCUAUCGCGACGGCAGGGCGCCGGCCGAUAAGAACGGCAAGCCGUGGAUCGAGGUCCUGAGGCAGGUGGUGGUCAACUGCUACGACUUCUACGACAAGUCGCACCUCCUCUUUCCCGGGGGACGUCCGGACGGGGCUUUAGCUCCGCAGGUGUAUCCACCAGUGCCCCGGGGCGGAGAAUUAGCAGAGUUGCCCCAUAAUGACGAAGCUCCAGGAGUUCAUAUGUAUUAUGACAUUGAGAACUUACGUCAAGCUCAGCGUCCAGAUCUGCAGCCAAACGUGGCUGAUGACAAUAAUGGCGCCCAAAGGGAUAUGUUGAUGGAUGCUCCAGCUCCGGCUCCGGCUUUAGGUCAGGCUCCAGCUGCAGCUGCAGGUCCAGCACCAGCUGCAAAUAACGGAAACGCUGUCCAGAUCAAAAGGGAGCCAGGCAUCGAAGCCCCAACCCAAGUGAUGACUAGCUCUGGUACCGUAAUGAAGACCGAGCCUGUCGAGGAUCAGGCCAUGGGGGGUGACCAAGAAGACAUGAGGGACAUGCCCUCCACUUCAGCAACUCCAGAUAACCAGGGUGGUGUCAAAGUCGAAAAUGACGGGGAUGAUUUAACCCUAGCAAUAACUAGUUCUGGUAAUUGGUGGGUACGACUGGGCAGGAACCGUCCGGGUCAAAAUGUAGAUCAUUCCCAUUACUGUCACAUGUGUGGACACAGAUUGUAAUUUGGAAACAAAAUGUUUUUUGAGCCUUCAAAGUCGAGAGAGCCCUAUUUUGUGUUACUUUUUUCAGUUUCUUAUGUUAUUAGUUCCAAUUCUUGAUUAUAAUUUCUGAGUUAAAUAAAUAAAUUGAAUGAAAAUAA